CUCCUCUGAUUCUGCAAAAAAAAAAAAAAAAAACAACAGAAAACAAGAAAAACGCUGCCUUUUUCCAUUCCCCGUCUUUUAUCGUUUUGCGCCCGUUUUUGGGAUCUUCCGGGUGUUCUCGCGGUCAGAUCUGCCUCCCCUCUGCAUUCCUUCUCCACCGUCUGAUGUAGUAAGUCCCUUUUUGACCCAUCCGUCCCCUUCCCCUUCGCCCUCCCCCUCCCCCCCUAUUUAUACCCUCUUCCGCCGGAAGUGGGAAGCCAUGGGCCAAUGCUACGGCAAGGCCACUCCCACCGCCGCCUCCGCCGCCGCCUCCGACAAUGACGUCGUCACCAUCUCCGUCUCCGGCGAUCACAACCCCUCCUCCCAUCCUCCUCCUCCUCCUCCCUCCUCCUCUACUCCCUCCCAAGUCCAUCAUGGCGGCAGCACUACUCCCGCCAGGCCAUCUAACCCUAGCCCCUGGGCCAGCCCCUACCCCCACGGCGUCGGCGUGUCCCCGUCCCCAGGGAGGGCCACCCCGCGUCGCAAGUUCUUCCGGCGCCCGUUCCCCCCGCCCUCCCCCGCUAAGCACAUCAAGGCGUCUCUGGCCAAGCGCUUCGCCGGCUACAUGUCCCCCAAGCACCACGGGUCGAUCCCCGAGGAAGGCCGCGAGGGGGAUGUAGGAGGUGGGGGAGGUGGGGCAGCGGCGGCGGCGGCGGAGGCGGAGGCGCAGCAUCUGGAUAAGAGCUUCGGUUACAACAAGAACUUCGGUGCCAAAUACGAGCUCGGGAAGGAAGUCGGGAGGGGCCAUUUUGGUCAUACUUGCUCCGGCAAGGGCCGGAAGGGCGACCUCAGAGAUCAGCUUCUCGCCGUCAAGAUCAUCUCCAAAGUUAAGAUGACAACUGCAAUAUCAAUUGAAGAUGUCCGCAGGGAGGUUAAAAUUUUGAAGGCUCUAUCUGGUCACAAGCACCUAGUCAAAUUUUAUGAUGCAUGUGAGGAUGCCAAUAACGUUUACAUAGUCAUGGAAUUGUGUGAAGGUGGGGAACUUCUUGACAGAAUUUUAUCGAGAGGAGGAAGAUAUGCCGAGGAAGAUGCGAAAGUAAUAGUUGUGCAAAUUCUUAGCGUCGUUGCAUUUUGUCAUUUGCAAGGCGUUGUGCAUCGUGACUUAAAGCCAGAGAAUUUCCUAUUCACAUCUAGAAGUGAAGGUGCUGAUAUGAAGCUUAUUGACUUUGGUCUCUCUGACUUCAUCCGACCAGAUGAAAGACUUAACGAUAUCGUCGGAAGCGCAUACUACGUGGCUCCUGAAGUCCUUCAUAGAUCUUAUAGUCUGGAAGCAGAUAUUUGGAGCAUUGGCGUGAUCGCAUAUAUUCUGUUAUGUGGAAGCCGGCCAUUUUGGGCAAGGACAGAAUCCGGAAUUUUUCGUGCUGUACUAAGGGCUGAUCCUAAUUUUGAGGACUUACCGUGGCCUUCUGUCUCUCGGGAGGCCAAGGACUUUGUGAAAAGGCUCUUGAACAAGGACUAUAGAAAAAGAAUGACUGCUGUACAAGCUUUGACUCACCCUUGGUUGCGGGAUGAGAGUCGUCCCAGUCCUCUGGACAUAUUGAUCUUUAAGCUAGUUAAAUUGUAUCUUCAUGCAACGCCUUUGAAACGAGCAGCUUUGAAGGCUCUCUCGAAAGCUUUGACAGAAGAGGAGCUGGUAUAUCUUAGGGCUCAGUUCCAGUUGCUGGAACCAAAUAAAGAUGGGUUUGUCUCUCUCGACAAUUUCAGAGGGGUUCUUGAGCGAAAUGGUACUGAUGCUAUGAGGGAGUCCAGGGUUCCUGAUAUUUUGAAAGCAAUGGAGCCUCUUGCUUACAGAAAGAUGGGCUUUGAAGAGUUUUGUGCGGCUGCGAUCAGCGUACAUCAACUGGAGGCUCUUGAGGGGUGGGAGCAGAUAGCUUCUGAUGCUUUUGAUCACUUUGAACGAGAGGGUAACCGAGUCAUCUCAGUUGAAGAGUUGGCGCGGGAAUUGAAUGUUCACCCUUCGGCGGCUCACUUGAACCUAAAAGACUGGAUCAGAAAUUCAGAUGGAAAACUUAAUUUGCUUGGAUAUACCAGAUUUUUACAUGGUGUGACGCUUCGAAGCUCACAUGCGAGACAACGUUAGAAAUUUUUUUUCUUUUUUUUAGUAUUUGUUUCCCUUUGGGGGUUUUCUUUGGCUCAACAUAUAUCUGCCAAUUCUUAUGGUUUCUGAGGGUUUGGAGGUUUUCUUUCCCUUUUCUCUCUCUUGGAGGGCAGGCAGGAUGAAAAAAAAAAAGAAAAGAAAAUUAAAGUGGCUCUAUUAGUUUAAAUGCUGCGAUUAUUGCGUUUCAUUCAAGGUUGAAUGAUUUUUCCUUGCGGGUGCA